AUGGACGCCACCGACGAAUCCCCUGGCCUCUUCAAGAUCCCUCGCCACAUUCGCGAGAACAUCUAUCGGCUUGUUUUUGGCAGCGGGCCCAAGCACCAAUCCGAGUACAUCGACCGGAUGGGACCCCAUGUUCCGAUCAAAGACCUGGGUCUCUUGAGUGUUUCCCGCAGGAUUCAUAAGGAGGCUAUCGCAGUUCUCUAUGAAUCAGUCGAUCUUGGCGCUGAUGCCCAGCUGGCAUUGAACUAUGUGCAGUUCAUUCUUUCCAAGCGCAGGGAGUGCAGCUGCAAGUCUUCUGGCGACUCUAUCUACGGCCCCUGUAACUGGCACCCGGUACUCGAGCUUCUGGCAGCAUCUGCCGCCCCCAUAUCUCGCGUCAACGUUGCCUUCGAUGGUUGCAAUGGUGGAGCGCUCUGGGCGCGUGACCCUCCUCCUCCGGACUCCUGUCGCCUUCACUGGGAUUUGGACCAGGCUCUCUUCUGGACUCAGCUGCCAGUUCUCUCUUCCUCGGCCCAGAUUUGCUUCAUCGAUCCUUGUCCGGAGUACUUCAUUACCCGUCUGGCCCAGUAUUUCAGGUGGGGGAUGAAAGGAAAGAUCUACAUUGGCGGAUACCGUGGCUGUUCUGUCUCCGCCUUCAUGGGCAAGCUGAUUCGCCCUGAACGGGCCGAGCAGGUGGUCGCGGUCUUUCCUCUUCUUCGGUUACCAGUGGAGAUCCGUCACAGGAUCUAUAAGUACGCCCUGAAGUGGGAGUAUCGUCCGUUUUGGCCUAUUGCCCCCGCCACAUUUAACCCAGGCAUCGGUCUUUUGAGUACCCGCAAGGAAAUCGCGAAGGAGGCGAGGCCGUUCCUGUACCGCAGCCUCACCAUCCACGGCGGUGUCCCUCUCCGAGAUCUGGACACCUUCGGAUCCAAUAUCACCCUCACGCGCCGGUUCAACAUCCAAUUCUCGUGCUUCUGUGAAUGGAAAGGAGACCUGGAACACCAGAAUCACACUCUCUACGAUGAGCAUAUAGGAAGAGUGUCUGCAUCCGGUGACCCCUUCGAGGACCCCACAGUCAGCUACCCAUUUACCACAGUUGAAGCUGUCAAAGGUCAAUGGGCCGAGGCUCUGAAGCGUAUCCAGUCCCUGGAGGCUAAUGCAGAGGUGGCUGUCAUCUUUCAGUCUUGUUGCCGGACCGCUAGACCGGCGAUCCCUCGGGGAGACGGCGGGAGUGUCAACCUUGUCGGCCCCAAGAUCCACAGUUACGUUUGUGCCUCCCUAGAGAACCACUUCACCGACAUUCUAUCAGCUGCCUGCUGCCACAGAAGCAUCCAGCAGAUUGCGCUGUGGGGAAACGUGCCCCCCAGUCUCGCCAUGCGUCUUCUGGCCCUACCAUCGACCCCUGACCAGUCCGAGGCCCCCCUCUACCUACGCGACAUGAGCGACGCCAUGCGCAAUUACAUCGGCUGUGUGGAAGAGGUAUAG